AUGAAGUCUUUUAUCUUUGCUGGCUUUGUGGCUGCGGUCGCUGCUCUCCCCCAGGCCGCUUCUGGUUCAGAGUGUGCGGCCUCGGUUGAUGGAGCAUUCACCAUUACCACUGCCAAGGCCCCUGGGGCGGACAAGAAGCGUGCUCUCGCUCGCCGCCAGCUUGAUGGUAUCCUCACAAUGACCCUCAAGGACGGUGCAUUGAAGGACCAAGCUGGUCGUGAUGGAUACAUUGCUUCCAACUACCAAUUCCAGUUCGACGGCCCUGUCCAAGCUGGCGCCCUCGACGUCGACGGCUUUGGCCUCUGCAGCAACAACUCGCUGUCCCUCAAGGGCUCCACGCUCUUCUACCAGUGCCUGUCUGGCGAAUUCUACAACCUCUACAGCCAAUCCAUCGGCGAACAGUGCCUCCCCAUCAACAUCGUGGCCGUCAUGGUCACCGACAGCGACGGCGAAAGCGACACUAAACCCCCCGGCGUCACCCAAAUCUCCGAUGGCCAGCCCCAAGCCUCUGAGCCUGCAGUAACCCAAAUCUCAGACGGCCAACCCCAAGCUUCCGCCCCAGGCUCUCUUCCACCCCAUCCACCCCCCGUCACCCAAAUCUCCGACGGCCAACCCCAAGCCUCCGCCCCAGGCUCUCUCCCCCCAUCCCCCAUCGUCACUCCCGAGUCCAAGCCCAAGCCCAAGCCCACUCCCCCCAUCGUAACCCAAAUCUCAGACGGCCAGCCCCAAAUCACUUCUCCCCCCGGAAACCACAGCGUUACGCAUACUUCGCCUCCUCUCCCCGAUUACACCGGUGCUGCGGCUGUGUCGUCGGUGGCGGGGCUGGGUGCGCUGUUUGGUGGGGUUUUUGCGGUGUUUUUGGCUUUGUAA